AGUAAGGAUCCGACCCCUGGCGCCGGCGGAGCGGGCCCGGGGCCGUGUGGCCGAGGCCUCAGAUGACAAGAUGGUCACGCUACAGGAAAAUGACGGCGACAAAAAUGACAUUCUGCGGCAGAAGAGGCGACACGAGAAGCACUUCGUGUACGACUUGGCCUUUGGCGAGGACUCAAACCAGAAACAACUGUAUGAAAAGACGACCCGUCCACUAGUGAACGACGUCCUGCAGGGAUACAAUGCGACUGUGUUCGCUUACGGUCCUACAGGUGCUGGGAAGACGUACACUAUGGUAGGAACCAUGGAACAGCCAGGAAUCAUGGUGCGCGCCCUCAACGAGUUGUUCAAGGCCAUGGCAGACAAGAAAGACGAGCUCGAAUUCGGGAUGACCUUGAGUUACCUGGAAAUCUACAAUGAGAACAUCCGGGACCUCCUGAACCCGAGCAGCGGCACACUGGAUCUGAGGGAGGACGCCAAGAAGGGCACCAUCGAGGUCGUCGGGCUCUCCGAGGUCACCACCAUGAACACCAAGGAGGUGAUGAGGCUGUUGACCAAGGGCAAUAAAGAACGGACCAUGGAGUCGACAGCAGCCAACAAGACUUCUUCCAGAAGCCACGCACUGCUGCAGGUGAACGUACGCCAGCAGUCGCGGGUGCGUGACAUUCACGAGACGGUCAAGGUCGGCCGACUCUACAUGAUCGACCUGGCCGGCUCCGAGCGGGCCAAGCGCACCAAGAACCAAGGGAAGCGGCUCCAAGAGGGGGCUCACAUCAACCGCUCGCUGCUGGCUCUGGGCAACUGCAUCAACGCGCUGGCCGUCAAGGGCGCCAAAUACGUCAACUACCGCGACUCCAAGCUUACCAGGCUGCUGAAGGACGCCCUCUCGGGCAACUGUCGGACUGUCAUGAUCGCGCACAUCAGUCCAGCCAUGGCGCAGAGAGACGAGACGUUCAACACGCUGGUAUACGCCGACAGAGCCAAGAACAUCUCCAACAAGGUCAAGAGGAACGUGCUCGACGUUACGCAUCAGGUGUCGCAGUACCAGAACAUUAUCGCCGAACUGAAAAACGAGAUCGGCAGGCUGAAGGGGAAGAUGGACUCUCGCGAGAACGAGCCGGACCUGACCUCGCAGCCGCGCAGCCACGAGCAGGAGGAGGAGCUACGCCGCCUGCGCAACGAGCUGGUUGAGUCGUUCAAGGAGCAGAUGGAGCACAGGAAACAGCUCAUGGAGGUUGACAACGUGCUGCUGUGGUUGGCGAUGGAGUUCGAGAAGCAGACGACGCUGAUCAACGAGCUGGAGCAGGUCCGGGCCAUCCACGGCGGCAAGCGGUCCGGAGCAGGGGAGGAGAAGGCGACACGGGACCAGCACGAGACCGAGCACCGCCAGAAAGGCUCCGAUGACGAAAUGUCGGAGGAGAUGGCGCAGGCCUGGGACGACCUGCACUACAUCCAGGAGGAAGAGCAAAGGUACCAGGGCAUCCGCAAGAAUGUGGAAGCCGACCUCGCGGAGUUGAAAGGAAAGGCGAGCAGAAUGGAAGAGGCGCUGCCGGAGAAGAUAUCCACUGACGAGCAGCGGGAGCUGCUGGAGCUGCUGCUCAAAACCCACGAGCUGGAAAUAGAGAACAUGGAAAUCCGCAGCAAUCAGCUGAUCAAGGACCACGAGCUGCGGCGGCGGGACCUCAUGAUCCUGCGCUACGACCGACAGAGGGCGCUGUGUGACGAGAUCAUCAGCCGACAGCGGGACUUCAUACAAGAUAUUGAGUCGGGCCGGAGCCCGAAUGGCGGCGACAUGCCUCCGGAGCUGCAGAAGAUGUACUCGCUCUACCAGCAGGAGCUGCAGGGACCCAGCGCGCAGAGGGAUCAGCGCUUUCUCAACGGACUGAACGAGGUCAUGCGGUCGCCAUCCACGCUCUCCAUGAUGAGCAGCAUCGGCACCGACCGGGACGAGAAGCUGUUCCAGCACCUGGGGCGAAGGAGCAGCGUGGACUUUGACAACAAGCGGCCGCAGACGCCGCUAAGCCUGCGCAGUCCGAACAGCUCUGUGCCCAGCUCCGCCGCCUCGCCCCUCCGCCUGCCUCCGAUCCGGAUCAGCAGGUCGCCCGACUCGCCACCCUCGUCAGCUGACCGGCGCGAGAUGCGCGACAGCGUGCACGGCAUUCAGUCAGUAGCCGGCAGGCGAAGACGGCGCGGAAGUAGGCGACCAGGGUCCAUGGAUGAGGGCAACACAAGCCGACGCGGCAGCUUCGCUAAUGGGAGCGGAAUGCGUCGCUGGGGCAGCUCGGGUGACCUGGAGUCGGCGGCCGGUGCCGGCCGGCGCUCCUCCCUGCCUAACCGAGAUGCGGCACGCCGACCGUCGCACCAGGCGGCCGGCGGCCGGCGACGCGCCUCCGUAGCGCGAGACAACGGCGUCAAGACGCUGCCGUCCAUCAACGGCACGCAGACGAGCAGGAGCUUCCUCUGCUGGAGCUUCCUCUGCUGGAGCUUCCUCUGCUGGGGCUUCCUCUGCUGGGGCUUCUUCUGCUGGAGCUUCCUCUGCUGGAGCUUCCUCUGCUGGGGCUUCUCCUGCUGGGGCUUCUUCUGA